AUCUACUUAAAAAAUGAAUUUCAGUAGUACAAAAAAUUCAACUGCAAUUUUAGACAAAAGUUUAACGAAACUACGUGGUGAAAUUAAUUUAGCAACGUUUGCUUAUUUAUUUGUGGAAUUAGUCAAAUAUUCCAUGCGUAAUUUAUCCAGUAUGGAUUUAGUUCAAAAAAGACUAUCGGAUUUCGGUAAAUCAGUUGGUGAACGUAUGGUUGAUAUUGUGUAUACACGUGAUCGACCGCAUAAACGUGAUAUACGCCUGUACAAUGCAUUGAUAUUUUUAAAAAGUAAUUUUUGGAAAAAUUUAUUCGGUAAAGAAGCUGACGAAUUAGAACGUGAUGGUGUGGAUGAGAAUAUUUUUUAUAUGAUUGAACAUGAACCUGUAGUGAAUCGUUUCAUACGAUUCACUUAUGAAGAUAAAGAUGAGAAACGUAAAACUUUUGCACCACUGAAUGUUGCUGCGUUCAAUGCUGGAGUUGUUGAAGCAUUUUUAUCAACAAUUGGUUUUCCUUGUACAGUUUCAGCCACAUGGUAUAAAGGAACUGCUUAUGUUAUUAAAUUUGAAGAAUCAGUUAAUAUUCGUGAACGACAGUUGGACAAUCGAUAAACAAUUAAUUUACAAUUUGGACAAAAACUUAUCAAAAACCUACAAUUAGGAAAUUUUAUUUAUCAGUGAUGUAUUUUAUAUAUAUUCUGUCUAUAAUCACUAAAAUACAUUGAUAUUCUUCUUACUCAUAUCACUCACUUGUUUACAAUUAAGCUUAUCUGUUAUUAUUUGAGUGUACUACCAUUUUCCAUCACAAAUGAUUAUUGAUGGCGGUAAUCUUUGUUAAGUCAUAAUAUCAGCAUUGCAAAUCAUAACCCUAUGUUAGUUAUAUUAUAACUAAUUGUAGUUAUGUCAUAACUAACCAAUCAGAUUGGUUAAGCGCUCACCACGUCAUCUAGUUUGACCAGUCUAUGGACUUUCUUGUUGUGAACGGCCUAUCGAUUGAAGGAUGUUAUUAUUUUAUUUUAUAUAGAUGUGACUCAUGUUUUUCAUUCAUUUUCUAAAGACACGCUUUACUGUCCGGUACGUUUGCUCAUCCUGCUUGAUAAUUGUAAUUUCCUUAUUUAUUGUACUAAAUUAAUCGUUUUCUUUUUGUUUAGAAACAGAUAAAGUUUAAAAACCGAAUUGUCUUCUGUUAACCAUAGUUUCACUUUGGAUUCUGUCAUCGGCGGUAU